CCCGACAUCGAGUGCCGAGCGACUGUUUUGUUGACGCAGAAGCGCAGCAAAUAAAGUGCGCAGGCAGUGCAACGAUUAUCACGUUCGCAGGCCUCUAAAUAGUGAUGUAAAUAACACAUAGAACGUAAUACAUCGUAAACAUUGACUACAUAAAGUACUUACGACAACAAUAACGAAUGAAAAAAACUCUCAAGUCUAGUGUCGUGAUAAUUCACAGCACCAUAGCAACCGGACAGUGAAAAACUACGACAUAAGUGACCGUCGCGUUUUAAACAAAGAUGCCGUGAUAAAUCAUCAUAAUAAGUAGACAUUAUUGUUUUGAAAAGAGACUCUUGUUCACCGGAGUGCCACAACUCGGGGCCUUCGUGUAUUGGAUGAACAGAAAGAGGGUGGCGGGAUCAAAGUGCGUGCGCGCGGCGCGGUGCGAGAGCGCGCGCGGCAGGUGACCGACGGUGUUCCCGGCUGAUGUGGGCGGCGAGCGCGUGCUGCUCGCGCCAGGCAGCUAGCAGGCACUCAUGCGUGACGGGGUGACUAACCGAGCCGGGGUGGCAGGCGAGGGCGGCGGCAGCGCCACGGCCGCGCGAACCCCCGUGAAGACCUUCCAGGCGUACCUGCCGCCGGCGCACCGCACCUACAGCUGCAUACACUGCCGCGCACACUUGGCCAGCCAUGACGAGCUUAUAUCUAAGUCGUUUCAAGGCAGCCAGGGGCGAGCGUACCUCUUCAAUUCAGUUGUAAACGUGGGUUGCGGGCCGGCGGAGGAGCGUGUGCUUCUGACGGGACUGCACGCAGUCGCCGACAUCUACUGCGAGUGCUGCAAGACCAUGCUCGGAUGGAAAUAUGAGCACGCGUUCGAAUCGAGUCAGAAAUACAAAGAGGGCAAGUUCAUAAUAGAACUGGCUCAUAUGGUGAAGGAGAACGGGUGGGAUUAGGCGCGCGGUCUGCCGGGCCGCGCGCCAGACAACGAGUGUACCAGGCCGGACUUUAGGCCUCAGUGACUACAGUGCUGUUGUGAUAUAUAAUGGUGGUCAAGCGAUGGAAGCCUGCAAACAAAGACUUUCCGAAGCGUCAAUUACCCACGAACAUCUGAUAUGCACCACGAGUGUUCCUUUACGGCCAUAAGGCCCCGAUAAUAGGCCAGCAACGAUGAACUCCCGCCGCGAGCUAGAGCCUUCGUGAUGACGGGUCAGGCGAGUUGGACGGUAGAGCUCGCCUUUGUCCACCGGACGAUCGGGAACAGUCACCUUCGCGCCAAAACUUCAACUGAUACCAAGUAGACAUACAUUAUUGUUUUGGCGCGGAGGAAAAGAUCUUUAAAGCUCUAUAGCUGUACAGAUUGUACGUCGACGUGUAAAUCGGUUGGACUCGAUUAGCAUAUUAUUUUUAUUAUCACAACUAAUUAUUAUUGGGAGGUUGGGCCUGACCGAUUUGCUCGGCGCGUCAGACUGUGAGGAUGUCGCCUUAUGUGCUCUUUUACUUUAAUCGGCUUCAGCGCUUUGGCACCGCCAGUCAACGUAAUGUUAUAUUGUUAUAAAUGUAAGUAAUCGAUCUCAACCGCCCCACGUAAGGGGCAAUGGGCUUAGAAUUUAUUAUUAAUUUUUAAAGAACGAUUUCAUUCACGCCGCGCCUCGCGUCGCCUCGGCGCGGACGUUAGUACAUCGUAAGUUGUCUUAGUUUUUAUAUUAUGUAGCUACGUAUGUACUGUAUUGAGAGAACACUAAUACUUUCUCUUGUCCCUUUUAACCUGUGAUAAGUAUGUUAGUAAUAGAAAUUUGAAUUUCUUGAACGUAUUCUUUCAAGAAGUUGCUCAGAUGUCAGAUGUAUGUUCCUAAUGAUUUCAGCUGUACAAUUUGCUUUUUAUUUUGUUUUGUGAGGAAACUAGUCGAAACUUGGAUGUGUUGUGGAAAGAUGAUUUCCGUUUUAUUUUACUUUGCGCCUGAUUUAGUGAUUUUUUAGUUUUUAAUUGACAUACAUAUACAAUUUUUCGACUGUUCCUCGUGAAUUUUUGGAUAUUCGAUUUUAGUUUUCUAAAUUCAUUAUUUUUUGUUCGAAUAUUUCAUUGGUUGUUGGAAACGCAAUCUGAGCUCAUUUUUAUAUGAACGUAUGUGGUUAGUUAGCCAUCGGACGGUUUUAUUAUUCAUUUAUUGUUUCUGUGUAAUACUUAUUAUCAAUUAGAUACCUUCAUGUAUCCCCUAUAUUUUAUCUUAAUCACUUGGUACUUCAUUUAUAAUUGUAUAAACUUAUCAUUGUAAGAAAUUGCAUGAGCUUCGAUUAUCUAUCGUUAUGUCUAUGUCAAUCGAUCGUAAAACUUGUACGCACUGAUUAAUUUCCCGAAAUCGAUAUCUUAAUAAUUAUAAUCGACUAACUUGACGUCCGACUUCAAUAGUUAUGUAAUUGGAGAAUGUUUUUGUAUUUGAAUUGUAUGACUUUGCCGUCGCAUGAGUGUGAAAGCUCACUAGGCGAUUUGCCUUACUCGACUUCUGUUCUAAAUAAAAAAAAACGUUAUAUUAUCAAAUUUCUUUGGUACCGCCUAAACUUGACAGCUCAAGUCGAUACUAUCUUCCGUUAGGUAUCUGUCUCACCAAUGUUAAGGCCUUAAAUUAUCAAUAAAUAUAGUGAAAAUGUGUGUUAAAUGAAACAUAUUUUUGUGAAUUAACUUAGUGAGCUUUUAACCUAACAGUUGAAUAUCAAGAGCGUUGAUAACUGCCACUAGUAUAUACAUUGUAAUAUACAUAAAUAAUAUAACAAGCUAAGUGAACGCUCGUUUGAUCAUGUGUUGUUUCUGGACACAUUUAUAGUGAAACAGCGGGUUAUUUAACAUAUAAUAUAAUAAUAAUAAUAAAUAUAUUUACAAUAUACUCAACAAACGAUUACGACUUAUUAUGUAUUGUGUACAAAUUAUCACUGAAUUAUAGUAAAAAAGGCAAUAUUUUCACUAAAUUUGUCCAGAACUAUCUUAGCAUUUGGAGUCCAUUUCUAUGCCAGCAUUGUAAGUGUCGAUGCUGACUGAUGUUAUAGUGGACUCUGCCUUUAAAAACUCUGUCUGACGCAGCAUGUCGAUAGUAAACUACACUAAAAACAAUGUCGAGACUACUUCCUUCCGAUUUUUGUCGAUAAUGCAAUUAUUGACGAAAUGUCUUUUCAAACUUGUAUUAUUAAAAAUAAUAUUCAUAUUGUUAAAAAUAUCAGGCAAUAAUGUACCAAUGCGUCAGACAGAUAUUUUAUUGAUACAAUAUUUUUACAAAUAAAAAUAAAUAGUUGGCUACAUUAGAUUGUCGGUUAACCGAAUAAGAACCAUUCGAAUAUCAUUUUAUGUGAAAUGGGACGUUUCUGUUGAUUGGGGAUGAAAAGUUACAACAUACCUGAAUAAAACAUCAUAUAAUAUUGUCUGAAUGGCUUUAGAACCAUUACAAUUUUAAUUCAAUGCAACAAAAUUAUCUUUAAUGUUGCUUUCUCUGUCACACACUUACGAUUUUUACAAGCCAAAAAGAGAUGACCAUAUUUCUAAUCUUCUCCAGUCAACAGAAAUGUCUUGCAAAUUGACUAAUUCACACGUAAAAAUAAGGUCAAACGAUAAUGCAUUACAAGUUCACAAUAUUGUCUGUUUAAUGUAAUCGUGUUAACUGUUAUCAUAGGGUUAAUGUUAAGAUUUGAUGCACAAUGUUCAAUGAAAAUGUUUAAGAGGCUGAGUGCUAGAGGAUAGAUAAAAAAACCCCAUUUGUAUAAAGACACGUUUGACAGAUCGGUCAGAAAGAGGAAGAAUAUUGAUUUAUAUAAUCUGUGACAUUUUCAUAUUUUUCAUCUGUUCAAUUCAAUUCAAUGCACCGUUCAUUGGGUCCUUAUGUUCAUUUCGCACCCUUAGAAUGAAAGUGAGUUAACUCAAAAUUUCUGUAAUAUUCGAUUUUAUCAUAAUAUACUUGCGUUAAAAAACAUAUCUACAACCAAAGUACUAAUCAAUAAAUCAAGUAAAAAUCUAUCGUAUGUCAUGGAAUACGAAAGAUAUACUAAAAUGUAUUCAAUACUAUAAUUUUUUGAGACUUUCUGGCUCAUUUCCCAUAACUUGCAGUUUUUGAAUUGGGUCACUUUCAUUCUAAGGGUGCAUUUCAUGAGUAUACGAAUUUAUCAGGCGGAAUUAGAAAUUAUACUUUUAAACUUUUCCUUUUUUCUUUUAGCUCCUACUAACAUGGGCACAUUGGUAUUAAAUUAAUGAUAUAUCAACAUUUCGAAUUAAGUCACCGUCGACAUAUUAUUGUAUAAAACAUAUGUAUUGUUAUUGUGGAGAGCUAUAGAGUUGACUACUAUACUGGACGUAAUGUUUCGACUAUCACGCAUACAAACAACGCCAUUUUGUGAAAAAUCGAAAGAUUGGGAGCAGUAUUCUAGAGGAAGCCCUAGAAUAGACCUAAAUGUAUCGAUGCCGUGGAUUUCAAUCGUAUAUCGAUAAACAGCGCGCACUACAACAAAAAGGCUUUAAAUCCCGCCCUAUUUAUCGAUAUCGAUAAGAGUUUAGUUUUAUACAGAGAGAUGUAAUAUUUUCAUCCUGAACAUUAUGCAGCACGAUAAUCGAAACUUAUCGAGAUUGUCACAGUAGUAUAGAUUAACACUCUUAGACCCACAAUGUAUUCUUUGACGCAAUUCGACAUGACAGAGAUGAGAAUAAAUAUUAUAUAAUAUGUAUAAAUAUAUAUCUUGAUGAUAGUGAGGGAAAAAUUAACAAAUGAAGCUAGAUAUCUGUGAGGCAUAAUUAAAAGUAUUUUUCUACUUGAUCGUUUAGGAAUGCUAUUAGAUAUUUUUGGACCAUUGUUAAGAUAAAACUAUGAUCAGUAUUCGUGGAGUGAGGAUAAAGAGUUGAUGUUAGUUUUUGUGGUUGUUGGUCGAAGUGAUUGUUGUUGUCAAGAAUAGAGAAAAAGCGCUUUCUAGUUCUAAACAAUGCACCCACACACUAUACCGUAUAGUUUUAGGGCUUCUAACAUAUGUCACAUAUCGAACGUACAGUUGUUUACAUCACUAGUUAUAUCGAUAUCGAUAUUAUCAUGAAAUCGAUAUUUAUUACGAUUGCUAUCGAUUAUUGCCUUCAUCUGUCGUUUUAUUGGCAUCGUAAACGAAGUAUGAUUGCAAGGCAUUUUGCUUUUGAAAGAUUUUUUUUAUGAAAGUUUUUUUAUUUUCUUUACGUAUUUUAGAAGCUCAAAAACGAAGGUCUUGGAGUGUUAACUGAUGACCAAGAUGAAUGAACAGCGUAUUAUAAAAUGGUGCAUUUCAUUAAGUAUAUGUACAUUUCGCAUAUUUUUAAGGUAUCCCGAGUAGUUGUUUACCAAGAAACCGCUUAAUAUUUUUGUAUUUUCCUAGUAUGUAAUGAUGCAUUAUAAAAAAUUCGUGGUGUCUUCUUACGAUCGUGUACGCAUUAUGCUAUAGAUGAGUAAACAUAUUUGGUUGAAAUAAUAAGUGCGUAAUAAAACACAUUUUCGUAUUAAAAAUA